UGUCAAGUAUUUUACAGCACUACAAGCCCCGAUUUAUUUUCGAUAAAAAUAUUACACCUCAUAAUUUUCUGGCCACUCUCAUAAUCUGUUCAAAUUUUAUAAGGACACGACUGCCAUUUAAAUUUAAAUAGAACUUAGACAAAUAUGUUGACGUCCAUUUUUUGCCGUGUUAAACGACAAAUUCCAUUAAAUCAGGGUAUAAAAGGCGCUUAUUUGGCAUACUGCGCCUACUGCAAUAAAGCGCCAAUUAUUGACAAGAGUAUGUUGGGCAGCCUUAACAUUCCAGCGGACCACUUGCCCAAAGCACUGGGUCCAGCUACAAGCGAAGCUGAAUUUAAACUCCAAUUUGGUCGCGAAAAACCACUUGAAAACACCGAACUUAUGUUUUCAUGUGCCACAGGAAAGCUUGCAAGAUUAUCUGCCGUCCAAGCUGUCGCCCUGGGCUACAGAUAUGUCUGCUUUUACGAUGGCAGCUGCGCAGAUUUGCUGCAACAGGAUAAAAAAAUGAACAUAGCAUAAAAUAUGAACUUAUUACAGCAUCCUAGCUUAACAAUAAAUUAAUGUUAACAUUUCACA